AUGGAUUCUCUGGCAGAGAAUGAUUCCAAGGAGAACAAUGUGCUGGUCUCACUGCUCCUCCUGUCCUUGACAUUAGCUCAGCAGCUACAGGCUAACACAAUGCCCUGCAUGGAAAUUGCCUUUCAAAAUGGCAGUGAUGGGGAAAAACCUAAAACUAAGGACAGUCAUCCAGAACAGGAAAUUAAUGAAGAUACAGGAUCACAGAGGAUGUUAUCAGCAGGAAUCGUGGGGACUAUUGUCCAGGACCCAGAGUUUCAAGAAAGUUCAGACUAUGAAGGCAAGUUAGAACUGCAGCAAGGAAGCAGAGCAGGCAACAAACUCAGAAAAUCUAUCCAGGAGAAAUAUUUCUGGCAUGUGACUCUUUUCCCCAGCAAUGGUACUUCAGAGGAGAGAGGCCAGGAGUGCAAAGGCAUCUUGGAUCUAAACUUUAAGAUGGUUCCACACCCAAGAGAUCUUUCAGGAGAAAGAACUCAGCAAUGUGAUUCUCAUAAGCACAGUCAGAGACAAAACACAGUGUCUUUAAUAAAUCAACUAACUAAUAAUGAAGAGAAACCCUCUAUGGGUGGGGCAGCUGGCAUUUGUCAUUUAGGCUUUGAUUGCAGACAAAAGAUCAAACUAUAUAAAUGUUAUCAGUGUGGGAAAACCUUUGGAGGGAACUUAUACCUUAUUAGACACCAAAAAAUUCAUAGUGGAGAGAGGUGCUAUGAAUGCAAAGAAUGUGGGAAAACAUUUAAUCAGAAUUCUGUACUAGCUAAACAUCAAAGAAUUCAUGUUAGGGGAAAGCCCUUUGAGUGUCAUGAAUGUGGGAAAGCUUUCAGAAGGAUAUCAGCCCUUACUGAUCAUCAGAGAGUUCAUACAGGAGAGAAACCUUAUGAAUGUAAGGAAUGUGGAAAAAAGUUUAGAGGGAGAGCAGAUGUAACUUACCAUCAGAGGACUCACAGUGGAAAAAAACUCUAUGAAUGCAAAGAAUGUGGGAAAGCCUUUAUGGGGAGCUCAGACCUUAGUAAACAUCACGGAAUCCAUAGUGGAAAGAAGCCCUAUGAAUGUAAAGAAUGUGGGAAAGCCUUCAUACAGAGCUCAGACCUUAGUAAGCAUCUGCAAAUUUUUAGUGGAGAGAAGCCCUAUGAAUGCAAAGAAUGUGGGAAAGCCUUCACAUUUAGUUCAGGCCUUAGUGAGCAUCAGAGAAUUCAUAGAGGAGAUAAGCCCUAUGAAUAUCUCGAGGGGAAAGCUUCUGGCCAGCCUGUAAAGGUGUCAACAAAAACUUUUGCAAGGUGGCAGGUGGGUGAAGUUGAGCUGCCAAUCUUCACCUGGUGA